AUAUAUAAACUCACUUUAGUCUUCACUGUUUCAAUUUUCCAGUAAUCGAAUCGGAGCUCCGAUCCAUACCGAAAAUGGCAGAGCAAGCUGAGCACAAAGAAGAAUCAUUGAUGGAGAAAAUAGCUGACAAGAUUCACUUCGACCGUUCCUCCUCCUCGUCGGAUUCCGAUUCUGAGGUGAAACCUGCAACCGCGCCUGAGGCGUCGCCGUCGCCGGUUAAGGCCAGGAUUUGGCGUCUGUUUGGGAGAGAAAAACCGCUUCACCAUGUUUUUGGUGGAGGCAAACCUGCUGAUCUAUUCUUGUGGAGGAACAAGAAGAUAUCUGCUAGUGUACUUGGUGGAGCAACUGCAAUAUGGGUUCUUUUUGAAUUGCUCGAGUACUACCUGGUUGGUCUAGUCUGUCACUUGUUGAUCUUCACCCUUGCUGUCUUAUUCUUGUGGUCCAAUGCAACAACCUUUAUUAACAAGAAACGUCCACACAUCCCAGAAGUUCAGCUUCCAGAGGAGCCGAUCGUUGAGAUUGCUUCUGCUCUGAGUAUUGAAAUUAACCGUGCUCUUAGCGUGUUGCGAGAAAUCGCAACUGGGAGAGAUCUGAAGAAGUUUCUUGCUGUCGUUGCUGGUUUAUGGUUCCUCUCAGUUGUCGGCAAUUGCUGCAACUUUCUGACACUGUUCUACAUAUCAUUCGUACUCCUCCAUACAGUUCCUGUUCUUUAUGAGAAGUAUGAAGAUAAAGUGGAUCCAUUAGUUGAGAAAGCAUUGGAGGAGAUCAAGAAACAAUACGCCGUCUUUGAUGCCAAAGUUUUGAGUAAAAUUCCCAUAGGGCCAUUAAAAGAUAAGAAAAACGCGUAGUUGUGUUGUUGGGUGCUGUGAGUUUUCAGAAUUUUAGUAUACUAUUUCUUGUGUUUACAUAGGCCUUUAGGCAUCUUAUUUAUCUGCCUUUGGUACUUUAUUACCUACUGGGAACUCUACUUGCCAAUAUAUUGAAAGUUAUAAACAUUGUAUCAACAUAUUAAGGUAGUUGAAUAUUAAAUUAUAUUCUGCCCA